AUGAAAGUACUGUCCACAACUUCCCUCCUCUUCGUCCUCGUGUUCCUUUCCCAAAGCCUCGCGUCGGUCUGGGAGCUCACGUCUUUCCAGGUCCCACUCAUCAUCUCCUCGUGGCUAGGCAGCAGCAAUGCGACCCCGCGCGUCCCUCAAUUCCUUCUCGACGCGGGUCAUCCGUGGCUCACAACCCACGCCCGCGAGCUCUGCAGUCUCCCAGACGCGACAUCGUUUAUCUGCAUGCUCUCUUCCGACGAUGCCCACUCUCAAUAUGGCGGCAAAAUUUCUGUUGACGAUGAGAGCGCGAAGUUGCGCGAGCGCCUCGAGGUACCGGCGGAUCUGUUCCACCGGCUCGAAAUCAGGAAUGUCCGCGCCGGCAUGAGCCGCUACGGCUGGAAGAAUGCUCGCGACAGACUCAAUGAGAUGAAAGCGUGCCCGAGAGCACUCGCCGAAGUUCGCGAGUUGACGGUUGAUGUAUAUGUCCAUACUGGAAUGGGGUGGCAGACCUUGGGUGAUACCUGGGACACCCUCACCGCGGAAUCGAGGCUUCCCCCAAAGUCCCUGCCCGCGCUAUUCUCUGAAGUUACUGGGAAGAUGAAGAACUUGAGCAAGAUCGAAUGGAUGGUUCGCGGCGUCGAGGAGAAUGCGGCCAUUGGAAAGGCCUUUAUCGAGGACGGGACGCGCUUGCCUGGUGUCAAGCACCUGGUGACGACCAUGAAUGCGCCGUGGCUUGUCGACGCUUGUCCUUCACUGAACUCUCUCGAAGCGAAACACGAUGAUUUUGUCUGGGGAGAAGCUGCGCACACGAGGGACGUGGCCUGGUUCGCUGCCGCGGGGAAACUCAAAGGCCUGAGGAAGCUUGAUAUGGGAGAAGUCGAGUGGACUGGCACAAUGACUGAUUGCGUACUUCGAGAUACCCCUCACAUUGAAGAGCUCCAUAUAGGUGCGCCAGCCCAGGACUUCAAACAUAGAGACAUCAACCGGGGGAACUUUCUGCGGGAUCUUAUAAAAUCCCUCUCUCUUCUUCCCAGCCUCACGCAGCUUCACCUUCCGCCGUCCUAUGAACUGCAACUCGGCUAUGAUGGGGGAUCGAUGUGUGGAAACGCAUACAUGGGCGCAAACGGUGCUGUAUAUUGGCGCAGUAACAUGGCUCAAGGCCUUGAGGCAACGGAGUUGGCUGGGAAGAUUGUUCGGCAGGAGUUUCCGGGGUUGCAUGGAGUCUACGUCGGUGCAUCAUACGGGAACUUCGCGACUGAUGAUGAGGGAGAGCAAGUCAUUAUCUGGGAUUGGACUGGGAGGGUUGACGAGUGGUUGGAUGAGAAGCAGAUGGCUAUCGAUUUUACCGAUGAGCCAUAA